GCUCACACUGGUCAUGGCGCAUUUGGAUGGAGACGGCCUCGACAUUAAAUGCUCUUUGCUCUGCUACCCUGAAGCACCAUCUUGUUCCAAAAAAGGAACAGCAUGGCCCGAACCGGCUGCAGAUGAGAUGAAACAUGGGGAGAUCUCCAUCUUGACGCCAGGCCAGCAGUCAGUCCAUCGGUCUAGGGCAUGAUGGCACGAAGAUCGGUCCAGGGACUGCCGACAUCUGCUGGAGGGAAGCGCGAUGCCAACGGUCCUAGGGCGAGUGGGCGUGUUUCAUCUGGCAGUCGCGCGUCAAAGUGUUGCUAUAUUUUGCACCUUCGUCUCUUCUCCAGAUCUGAACCAGAGUGUCGGUUAUCGGUGCAGAUUUUAGGUCGUCAAGAUCUAAAAAAAGACCUAAAUUCGGCAGCGAUUUCGUUUCAUCUAUUCUGGGUAAUUGCACCUAAGUUGAUCGAUGUAGUUCGCGAGAGCGUCACGCCUGGUUCGUCGAGGUCAGUGGGCGGCAAGAGGGUGUUUAUGGGCACAACCAGUUGAGCUGGACCAGUAUGCCUUCAUGGCGCAUAGAGGGAGAGUGACUGCAAGGUUAGGCGCCGAGGGGUCUGUGGAACCACAGCUAUUUCAACGCGCAUUGGCUGUU